AUGUCAUUCUUACCCCGCCCAGAUGCUGACGACUCACAGCGCGAGAGAUCUCGCUCGCCACGCCGUGGUCGAUCAAGGAGCCCAGGUCGCUCGGGUCGCCGCCGAUCAUAUUCCCCACGUAGCCGGUCUCGAAGCCGGGACGACUACCGUAGAUCGGACAGACGGUCGCGAUCUCCCAUGACUGGAGCUGGGGCCCCAGUUGGAGGAUCAGGUUCGGGCUACGGUGGACCACCCCAACGGACGUACGAGGAACGUGCUGCUGCACGGGAACAGAUGAUGAAUAACAUUCGCGAGACCUCGCAGCAGGACCGACGUGUCUACGUCGGCAACCUCUCUUAUGAUGUAAAGUGGCAUCAUCUUAAAGAUUUCAUGCGACAGGGUGAGUCAUGGCUUGCUCAGCGCCGAGUUGAUCUUUAUUUGGCGAAUUGCACUAAUGGUAGCAUGGUAGCUGGUGAGGUUCUGUUCGCCGAUGUUUUAUUGCUUCCGAAUGGCAUGUCUAAGGUGGGCUUCUACACAAUUGUGGAAUAUGCUACAAGGGAGCAAGCGCAGACAGCAGUCCAGACUCUCAGCAAUCAGAAUUUGAUGGGCAGGCUCGUAUACGUUCGCGAAGAUCGAGAAGCCGAACCACGAUUCAUCGGCGCAACCGGAGGCCGCGGCGGCUACGGUGGCGGAAUGCAAGGCGGAUACGGAGGUGGUAGCGGCGGCGGCGGCGGCGGCAGUGGUGGUGGUGGAUACGGUGGCGGCGGCAUGACUGGCGGCAAUCGCCAGAUUUACGUGUCUAACCUUCCAUAUACCGUAGGCUGGCAAGAUCUCAAAGACUUGUUUCGCCAGGCAGCUCGCAAUGGCCAGGUAAUCCGAGCCGAUGUUCAUCUGGGUCCAGAUGGUAGGCCCAAGGGCUCUGGUAUCGUUAUGUUCGAACAUCCCGAAGAUACGCGCAAUGCUAUACAGCAAUUUAAUGGAUUCGAAUGGCAAGGACGUCUCCUCGAGGUUCGCGAGGAUCGCUUUGCUCACCAAGGAGCCGGAAGCUAUGGUCGAGGCGGCUUCGGUGGCCGCGGAGGCUUUGGUGGCUCCUACGGUGGUCGCGGGGGUUUCGGUGGUGGCCGUGGCGGCUUCGGCGGCUAUGGUGGUGGCGGCGGCGCCAGCGGCGGUGGCAAUCGCGGAGGCUUCGGCGGACCCACUGGCGGUGGAUACGAUGCCAACAAUUCUGCCCCCACCGCAGCCCCGAACCCGUUCACUGAUUUCGCUACUGCGGGUACCGAUCCGAGCGAGAUUAUAUACGUCCGAAAUCUUCCAUGGUCUACCAGCAACGAGGAUCUGGUUGAGCUUUUUACCACGAUUGGCAAGGUGGAGCAAGCCGAAAUUCAAUAUGAACCCAGCGGGCGAUCUCGAGGAACCGGCGUUGUCCGCUUUGAUAGCACUGGCAAUGCAGAAACAGCUAUCUCAAAGUUCCAGGGUUACCACUAUGGCGGGCGGCCCCUCGGGCUCAGCUUCGUCAAAUACGUCACCCCAGGCGGGGCCGAUAGCAUGGAGACAGAUGCACAUGGCGGUUUAACACAAGACCAAAUCAUGUAG